UUUCAAGCUGUUCCCAGGAAGAAGCGACCAGUGAACGUGGGGAACUGCGAGUCCUGGGGCCAUGGCCAGCCAGGAGCUUACCCUGAAGCUGCAUCGGAGGCUGAGGCUGGAGCAGGAGGCAGAGGUCAUCCGGAUUCCGCAGCAAAAUGGCUUAUAUGCGGUGCCCGCGCCGGCCUGGCCCUGUGGCUCCCCGAGCCAGGGAAACAAGCUGCCCGCUGAGGAGCUCAUGGCCAAAGUGGGCGCCGAGCUUAAGGAGCAGCUGAACAGGUGUCAGGGCAUGCACAAGGGAACGGCGCGGCUCCCGCCCAUCAAGGUCUUCAAGCUCUACACCGAGUUUCCCGAGUUCAGCCACCGCCAGAUCAAGGACAUGGAGAGCCUCUUCCGAAGGUAUGACUCUGGGAAGGAUGGCUACAUCGACCUGAUGCAACUGAAGCUGAUGAUGGAGAAGCUGGGGGCCCCCCAGACGCACCUGGGCUUAAAGGAAAUGAUCAGGAAGGUGGAUAAGGACCUGGACAGCAAGCUCAGUUUUCGGGAGUUUUUGCUGAUUUUCAGCAAAGCAGCCUCAGGGGGACUGGGGUCAGAGAUCAGCUUGAUAUCCCUGGCCAAGCUCUCCGAGAUCAAUGUGGCCAUAGAAGGUGUGAAAGGGGCCAAGAAUUUUUUCGAAGCCAAGGUCUAUGACCUGUCCAUGACCAGCCGAUUCGAAGCUGAGAUCAAAGCAGAGCAGAAUGCCCGAAAACAGGAGGCAGAGGACAGAAAACAGCGGAGGGCUCUCUUCAGAGAACGCCGAGCUGCCUUCUCCCAGUAGCUCCAGCUAGGCUGGAGUGUACUCAGAGACUUGCCUUGACUUCUACCAGCUGUACAAUACAAAUGGCCAGCACCUGGUCUCCCAAGCAGGACCCAUCUCUCAUUGGAUGUCCCUGGUCCCCAGCUCUGGUGAUCUUUCUUCUUAAGCUUCCUGCCAGUUGUGCCUGGAAGGGUAACUGGUAAUCCUAAAACCUGAGGAAAC